GUUGAAGCUGCCAAAUACAAUGCCCAACAAUGGAAUAGUAUGGAGGGGUCACGACAUCGUCAUUCACAGAGGUCACAUUCAUUGAAUCGAGGACAUUCGUUGUCCCGCGCACCGGACAUGUGGUGACAGCGGAGUUGCCAGGGCCAGCCCACAGGCACCAGCGGGGUUGGAGGCCUCGCAGGAGCAGGGGGUGGCGGACAGUGUAAAGCCUGCAUUAUGGGCAACAAGUUGAGCUGUUCAUGUGCACCAUUGAUUCGUAAAGCAUACCGUUAUGAAGAUAGUCCAUGGCAAACAUCACGCAGACGUGAUGGACACUUACUUAGAUUGUGGGCAGAAGUGUUUCAUGUCUCAGCAUCUGGGGCUGGCACUGUCAAAUGGCAACAAGUCAGUGAGGAUUUAGUUCCCGUUAAUAUAACAUGUAUCCAAGAUUCACCAGAAUGUAUAUUUCAUAUUACCGCCUAUAAUUCCCAAGUUGAUAAAAUUUUAGAUGUACGGCUUAUUCAACCCGGUACGCGAAUUGGACAAGCAUCAGAAUGUUUUGUGUAUUGGAAAGAUCCUAUGACAAACGAUACAUGGGGCUUAAAUUUUACAUCACCUAUAGAUGCAAAACAAUUCAGAGAGUGUUGUUCUCCAUCGUUCAAAUUUUCACGCAAAGCAUCGUCAUCUUAUUCAUUGAAGCUAGAACCACCAGGAGGCAAUAAAGGUCAAAAAACUGGAUCCAGUAUAAAGGGUGGUAAUGUUGGAAUGAAGCGAAAACCAUUGAGUACACCAGCCAGUCCUAGUCGUGCAGGGCGUGAACCACAAUGUACAUGUAUGACUGCAGAACAAUAUGCACGUUUACGAUCACAAGAACCACGUUAUAGAGCUGGAUCAUCAACAUUACCACGUGCUCAAACGCGUGGUACCGAAACAACAAACGAAAAAGUCACAGCGGCAACAUCAAGUACAUCUUUAUAUGAUAAUGUUGGAACAGGUCCAAAUCAAAAUCAACCGGGACAAACACAACAAACAACUACAGGUACAGGAGGUACAACACCUGGAACAGGUGCCAAUCAAGUUACUACCAAAGAGAAUCAACGCCAAGGCAGCCAAACAAAUCGACAAACACGCGAUAGAGGUACACAGCAAGAAACUAGUACAAUGACAUCAAAUACUGCUACUGGUCCUAAGACUGUUACAGCUUCUGUUGGUACACAAAAUAAUGUAGGUUCACAAAUAACACAAACUGAUGCAACGACACCCUCAACCGUUCACACACAACAAAAUCAACAAAUUUCUUCGUCAUUACAAAAUUCAGAUCCUGCAAGUAAAUCUGAAGGUACUCAAGCGGGCGGUGGAGGUUUACAUCAUCAACAAUCAACACAAUCUACACAAUCAGUAACUGGUGUGGGUGCUGGACAGCCAGGAAUAAAAUCUCGAAAUAAAGAGCAUAUGCAUCAUCAUAUUUUAACAAAUACAAAGAGCGUUGACUAUCAAGAUUUGGAAAUGGUUAGAGAAGCGGAAUUACGUGCUGCACAUCAUAGGAAUGUUUUAAAUAAUAAUGCAACAAAUUUAAAUAAUCGAAGAUCAAAAUCAAAGAGUACUGAAGAUAUAGGAGGUCCACAAAAUUCAAUGUCAUUAGACAGUAAUACAUUGAAACGAAUGUUAAAACCAAUGCCCAGCAAUGAAUCUCCUGUAACAUCUCCCGAAAUGGGACGACGUCGAUACAAUUAUUAUAAUCAUCAUCCGGGGCACUUCGACCGAGGAAUGAAUAACAACAGUGGGCGACAUUCAGAAGGUGAAACUGGUCAUAUAAUGGGACCCGGACAUCAUAAAUCAUCUAUGGCACAAAAUUCUCGAUUUAGUGGCUCCAGGUCAUCCCACGAGAUUGGAAGGGGGUAUCCAGGUCGGGGUUUGUACUUAGAAUUAGAACGAAAUGGUGGUAUUGGGGGAACUUGUGGUGAUUUAUCACCACCAUCUGAUAAUGUGCUUUUCGAUAAUCAAUGUUACGCUACCACGCCUAGUUCAAGUAAUGGCAAUUCCGAUUUAGAUCAACCAACUCAUGGAUAUCAUCGUGGACAUGGUCGACACAUUACUCCCACACCUGGAUCACCUACAAGCCGACUCCUAUUAGAAUAUGAAAUGCAUUUACGAAAUACUUUAGCUAAAGGAAUGGAUGCUGAAAGUUAUAGUUUACACACAUUUGAAGCUUUGUUAACACAAAGUAUGGAAAAUUUGGAAUUUGCUGAAAGUCUUCCUGGAUCAAAUCAACGAAGUCCUUAUCCUACAAGGCGCCGGCCUGGUUCAAGUGCGUCAAUUAACAAAUCAUCAACAUUACCUCUUCCACAUCGAUUAGCUAGUAUUGAACGACCUGGAAGUACUGCAGCACAACGUGAACGAGAACGUGAAAGAGAUAGAGAUGGAUAUUAUAGCGAUCGAAACGAAUUAAUUCGAGAAAGGGAACGAAUUCGAGAACGUGAUAUUGAUCGUGAUCGCGGAUAUAUGAGCGAUCAUAAUUCUAAGUGCGCUUCAUGUAUUGGUGAAUCAGCACGUGCACAAUGGUUUCGUCAUUCAGAUGGAUGGCGGUCUGGUAGUUCUACAUUUGGUUCCAAUUCUGGUACUGGUUUAAUAACACCUGGAUCGGGUUCGCAUAAACGAUCGCCAUGGGAUUCGUUACCGUCAUUACGUCAUGAGGGUAGUUUAAAUGACAGUGGUUAUAAAAGUAAUCGUGCUGAUUCAUUUGAACAGAGAGGUAUGUUUGAUCGACAGGACAGCAUACGUUCAGAUUACAUGAGUGACCGUGAAUCGAAUCGGUAUGGAAUUGUGCAGCAGGCAUCUAUUGAAAGUACAGAUUCAAGAUUGUGUUAUUUAACAUCAUCUGAGGUAAAUGAUUUGUGA